ACAACUUGAAUGUAGUAAGCAUCGAAACUGCCGACGACUACGUGUCUGUCUUCUCCGCCCGAGCCCCACCUCCUUCCUCAAUAUAUCUUCAAUUUCUCUUUCUCUUCUUCAUUUCAUUUCAAUUCAAUUACAUCUUUCUCUCUCUAGAUUCAUGGCCCCUGUUAACAACAUUGUACAAAUCAAUAACAAUGAUCACCCCCCAAAAUAUAAGGUUACAAUCGUUGGAAGUGGCAAUUGGGGUAGUGUUGCUUCUAAGCUCAUUGCUUCAAAUACCCUCAAGCUUUCUUCUUUCCAUGAUGAAGUGAAGAUGUGGGUGUUUGAAGAAACAUUACCGAGUGGUGAAAAACUCACAGAUGUCAUCAAUCAAACCAAUGAAAAUGUGAAAUACUUACCUGGAAUUAAGCUUGGGCAUAAUGUUGUUGCUGACCCUGAUCUCGAAAAUGCAGUGAGGGAUGCAAACAUGUUGGUGUUUGUUACCCCACAUCAAUUCAUGGAGGGUAUAUGCAAGAAAUUAAUUGGAAAGAUUAGAAGUGAUGCUCAAGCCAUUUCUUUGAUCAAAGGAAUGGAGGUCAAGAAGGAAGGUCCUUGUAUGAUCUCCACCCUAAUUUCCCAACAAUUAGGCGUUAAUUGCUGUGUUCUUAUGGGUGCUAACAUCGCUAAUGAGAUUGCAGUGGAGAAAUUUAGUGAAGCAACAGUAGGGUUUAGAGGAAACAGAGAGAUUGCAGAAAAUUGGGUGCAAUUAUUUAGCACUCCUUACUUCAUGGUCUCAGCUUGUCAAGAUGUGGAGGGAGUUGAACUAUGUGGGACUUUAAAAAAUAUCGUUGCCAUAGCAGCAGGGUUUGUGGAUGGAUUAGACAUGGGAAAUAACACAAAGGCUGCAAUAAUGAGAAUUGGGUUGAGAGAGAUGAAAGCCUUUUCAAAGCUCUUAUUUUCUUCGGUUAAAGAUAGCACGUUUUUUGAGAGCUGUGGUGUUGCUGAUCUUAUAACAACUUGCUUGGGAGGACGAAAUAGGAAAUGCGCAGAGGCUUUUGCUAAAAAUGGUGGCAAAAGAUCAUUCGAUGAGCUUGAAGCAGAGAUGUUGCAAGGACAAAAGUUACAGGGCGUAUCAACAGCCAAAGAGGUAUACGAGGUUUUGAAACACAAAGGUUGGUUAGAAAUGUUCCCAUUGUUCACAACCGUGCAUGAGAUUUGCACAGGCCGUCUACCGCCAACCGCCAUUGUUGAGUACAGCGAACACGCCCCGAAAUUUCCCAUUGCAGUCAACUCGGACGCAUUUCAAUGACUCAUAAAUCCAUCAACAAAGUAACAUGUACUCUAGUUUUCUAGUUCAUAAAUGUAAUCUUGAACUCGUUUUUUUGGUUUUUUUUAAGCAUUUGUUGAAUGAAAAAGGUAGAAUAAUGUUUCUACAUAAGGGAAUAUUGCCAAAUGCAAGUAUAUCUAUCAGGAAAGCUUUCCGAUUC